AAUGGUUGAGGGAGCCCCCCAGCGCUUGUGGGGCAAUACAUGGGGCGUGUGCGAGAGGUUAUGAUUGCCUGGUGGGGACGGAGAGGACACUUGCUACUCUUGGCGUGCCAAGCGGUUGUGGGUUUUUCCAUAGUGUAAUCCUUUAAGGGCUUACUCAGAAGUAAGCCACGUCGCGUUCAGCGCAGGCAAUAGGGUUGCAUAUUAACAGUUUCCGUAGAGAAGGGUGUUACUCUUGUGGGACCUUUAUUCACGUGCUGCUCUGAGGUCCGCCUUAUCGCCCCCCCCCCCGCUAUCCACAUAACCAGCAAAAGCUGCAGCCAGCGGUCGUCUCCUUGAUGGUAUUCGCAAAUGGUAUUACAAUGCAGCUGGGUUCAACAAAAUUGGACUUAUGCGAGAUGAUACAAUGUAUGAAAAUGAAGAUGUGAAAGAAGCGAUAAAGAGGCUUCCUGAAGAUGUACGUAAUGAGAGAUUAUUUCGCAUCAAGAGAGCGUUGGACUUGUCCAUGAGGCAUCAAAUACUUCCGAAAGAACAGUGGGUAAAAUAUGAAGAGGACAAACAUUAUCUUGAGCCAUAUCUGAAAGAAGUCAUCCGUGAAAGACUUGAAAGAGAAGAGUUGGAAAAGAAAUAGCUGCUGCUGCUGCAAUGCACUUCAGAAGAAUGUUUUCUUUUAAGUUUUAAAUUAUUUUGUUCAGGUAGGGGUCUACUGAGAAAAUCUGGGUGUGGAGAAAUCUCAUGUAAAUCUUUCCUCACUUAAUAUUCAUCCACCUAAAAUAAACAUUACCAAAUCUACUUGGAAUCCUUUCUCCUAAAUUGCAAGGAAUUGGUUCAAGUCUUUUCAGCUUCAUUGCAUGCUAACAUGGUGAUCUGUGAUCUUCAUUCCAGCUGUUUGAGUAAUUCUUUUUGUCAUAAUACAGAUGUUUCCUGCAGCUGGAAGGGUAGAUAAGCAACAACCUUUGCUGUUUGUUUCUGUUCUUCUGAUUCAUUUCUUAAAAGGGAUGCCCAUCUGCAGAAUGACUAUAUAGCCAUCAUCGCCUCUUGUCUCUGGAGGUGGGAAUGCAGACACACUUGAGUAUUCAGCAGCAGCAGCACUAGAUAGGGAUUACGUAAUCCCUAUCGUGUCUACCCAAACAAAUGAAAUGCUGCAUUAAUAGAUGCUUUUGGAAUUUGUGUUUCUUGCCAAUCUUUAAAUAAAAGCAAUUGCCUCAUUUAACCUAAAUUAGUCACUUGGAUUUAUUUGCUGAAUUACUAAGGCAUGCCUAGUAUACUUUAGCAUGCUGAAUUACUAAAGUAUACAGUCCUGAGCAGACUUCUGGAGUAAAAGUUCCUUUUGUACUCUACAUACGGAGGCACGUAUACCACCUGCUACAGAUGUAGCCACGGCUGGAUUUAGGUUUGAUGAGGCCCUAGGCUACUGAAGGUAAUGGGGCCCUUCAUAUGUCCAGCUGUCCUUUGUCAACAACAAAUUGUUGCUGUUUUUUGUGUUGAAUAUAUGCUAUAUGGUAAUUUAUAUGAGCAAACCAGUUAUAUUUUAAGGAGCAGACUAGCAGGCGGGGCCCAUUAGUUACAUCAUAGGAGUCAACACAAAACACUGCUGUAUGUAGGUUUUAUUUUAUUUGUUUUUUAUCUUAUAUUUUGGAAAUGUACAUCCAGUGUUUUUUCCUUUAUUUUUUUGGGGGGGGGCAAGAGAAUGGGGCCCUAAGCUAUAGCUUAUUUACCUUAUACAUAAAUCUGGCACUGGAUGUAGCCCUUGUGUUGUGGCUUCUUUACCCCGGCCUUUGAUACUUGAUAUGUAUAUAAAACUUUAGUUGUGAUUGUAA